CGAGAGUGAGCGAGCGAGCGAGCGAGCCGGCGAGCGAGGGAUCCGGCGGGCGGGAGGAGAGCCGCAGCGGCCCGGCCGGCCGGGAAGUGGGAAGAGGGGACCUCGACUUCGGGACCCCGACGGCCCCCGCCCUCCGCCCUCUCCACGCGCUCAGGCCGCGCUGCGCCCGAAACGCCCCCGGCCGCCCCCUCCGCCACCAUGAGAAACAUCUUCAAGAGGAACCAGGAGCCCAUUGUGGCUCCUGCCACCACCACCGCCACGAUGCCCGUGGGGCCUGUGGGCAACUCCACCGAGAGCGGGGGUGCUGGGGAGAGCCGGGAGGACGGGUUUGCCAAGCUGAAGGAGAGGUUCUUCAAUGAGAUCAACAAGAUUCCCUUACCACCCUGGGCACUGAUAGCUAUUGCUGUGGUCGCUGGCCUCCUGAUCCUCACCUGCUGCUUCUGCAUCUGCAAGAAGUGCUGCUGCAAGAAAAAGAAGAACAAGAAGGAAAAGGGGAAAGGCAUGAAGAACGCCAUGAACAUGAAGGACAUGAAAGGGGGUCAGGAUGAUGACGAUGCAGAAACAGGCUUGACUGAGGGAGAAGGUGAAGGAGAGGAGGAGAAAGAGCCAGAGAACCUGGGCAAACUGCAGUUUUCCCUGGACUAUGAUUUCCAGGCCAACCAGCUCACCGUGGGCGUCCUACAGGCUGCUGAACUGCCUGCCCUAGACAUGGGAGGCACCUCAGAUCCUUAUGUCAAAGUCUUCCUCCUUCCAGACAAGAAGAAGAAAUAUGAGACCAAAGUCCAUCGGAAGACGCUGAACCCUGCCUUCAAUGAAACUUUCACCUUCAAGGUGCCGUACCAGGAGCUGGGGGGCAAAACCCUGGUGAUGGCCAUCUACGACUUUGACCGCUUCUCCAAGCACGACAUCAUCGGAGAGGUAAAGGUGCCUAUGAACACCGUGGACCUCGGCCAGCCCAUCGAGGAGUGGCGAGACCUGCAAGGCGGGGAGAAGGAGGAGCCCGAGAAGCUGGGAGACAUCUGCACCUCCCUGCGCUACGUGCCCACGGCCGGGAAGCUCACUGUCUGCAUCCUGGAGGCCAAGAACCUGAAGAAGAUGGAUGUGGGCGGCCUUUCAGACCCCUACGUGAAGAUUCACCUGAUGCAGAAUGGCAAGAGGCUCAAGAAGAAGAAGACAACAGUGAAGAAGAAGACACUGAACCCGUACUUUAAUGAGUCCUUCAGCUUUGAGAUUCCUUUCGAGCAGAUUCAGAAAGUCCAGGUAGUGGUCACUGUGCUGGACUAUGACAAGCUGGGCAAGAACGAAGCCAUUGGCAAGAUCUUCAUGGGCAGCAAUGCCACAGGUACGGAGCUGCGGCACUGGUCUGACAUGCUGGCCAACCCCCGGAGGCCCAUCGCCCAAUGGCACUCGCUCAAGCCAGAGGAGGAGGUGGAUGCACUUCUGGGGAAGAACAAGUAGGCAGCAGUGGCCGGGACCGCCCCCUUCACAGACACUGACGAGAUCCAGAGCUAUCGAUACCUCAGUUAUGCAACCUUAGAGGUUUUUUUUUUUCCCUUUGUUUGUGGUUGUGUCCUUUUUUUCCCUUCCUUUUUCUCUUUUUAAAGACCAACUUCCCUCUGAUGGCUGUGUGAGGAGAGUCCCCUAAGAGGUGAAAGAGAAGCCUGGCUCUUUUCAUCGUCCCAGGAGCUGCCCUUGCUGCAUGCCCUGUCAUGUUACCCCUUCACUCUUACAAAGCUUCACUUAAGCUUCACCCCGAGUGAGGCCCUUUUUUGACAGAAAGUCAUAGCACUUCCUGUUCUUUUGAGUGUUCUGGACCGACAAAAUGGCAGCACGUCCUGCUUUCUGACAGGAAGGGCAAUGCAGUGGCCAGUGAUCCAAGUGUAUGUAUAUGUAUGUGUGUGUUACUUCGAGUACCUCUCUUCAUUCCUGGAAUGAGCCACGGACAGUGAAAUUGUGUGGGAAGAGAAGGCUCUUCAGGGCACCUUAAAUGAAGAAAGUCCACUGUCUAAAUGAGAGAUCUUCUGUGAGCUUGGGGAGAGGGCUCAGAAUCCUGGUCAGAUGCCAGAAGCUCCCAUACUCCUGUGGGUGGUAUUCAGGGGGCAGCAAGAUGUGGACACUGGAUUUGUCCAGAACUAGGAGCAAACUCCUGAUGCCACUGUAGACUUCUUCCUGUCAGUCAUGGCUUCCCCAGAAGUGUGGUUUCUGGGCCACUCAUGUAAAUAAACUAUUCACUAGACUGGUUAGACUCCAACAGGGACUGUCAGUCCCAGGACCUCACUCUUGUUGACAAUUCAUAUCAAACGAUGGAGAAACAGAAGGCCGGUUACCCAGGAAGACCAAAAUGAAGCUCCUGGAACUCUGCCUCCUUCUGGUGGGAAACACAGAUGCUUUCUCCCUUCCCAGAAUACAAGCAGUACAGUUCAUUUGCAUUUGCUCCCCUCAUUCUUUUGCUUUUGUUUCUCUUUUAACUUAAGUGGAGCAACGCUGUCUGAAGACAGUUUUCUGUACAGAGCCAGAGAACUUUAAAAAGAAGGUUUAAAUGUUCUUAGUUCCCCUGAGGUCCAGGUA